AUGAACUGCUUUCCGUCUCCUCCUUCAUCGCCAUCACCAUUCGAACAUCUCGACGAUCCAGACUAUGUUGCCAUGGACAAUGAGCCUAGUAUCGUAUGCGGGUCAUGCAAUAAGGCAUUGAGCGCAGACUGGUUCUGCUCCAACUGUCACAAAAGAUGCUCUACUUGCAGUCGGAUCUUGGCACUGAACACGGACGACUACUGUACACGUUGCUGGGUCUACGUUCCUUCACAGAAUACAUACGUUCCACGUCAAAAGUACCUUCCUUCACCGACGUCGAGUACAACAAGCAGCAAUCACCAUUAG